AUGCAAGGAAACAGGGGUCCUUACCAGAAUCAUGGCCCAAACCGUCAGUCUGGCCAGGGAGACCAAAAGAAACACGGAGGAAAUACGAACGGCCAGGAGCCGAGCGACUCUACCCAUCCGAACGAGGCCUUAACGCUGGACUUGCAAAGCUUCAGGAAGCCCGGUGAGAAAACAUACACGCAACGUAGCAGGCUCUUUGUCGGAAACCUGCCUAACGGAAUCACGGAGGAUGAUCUUGGAAAGAUGUUCGAAAAGUACGGCAAGGCCACCGAGAUUUUUGUCAAUAAAGACCGAGGCUUCGGCUUCAUCCGCCUGGAGACCAGGAUCAUUGCAGAGAUCGCCAGAGCUGAGCUAGAUGAUACCCUGUUUAGAGGUAGAACCAUCCGUGUCAGGUUUGCAACGCACGGUGCCGCUCUGUCCAUCAAGAAUCUGCCGGAGUUUGUGUCCAACGAGCUGCUGGAGGAGGCUUUCAGCGUCUUUGGUCAGAUCGAGCGAGCCGUGAUCAUCGUGGACGACCGAGGGAGGCCAACUGGAAAGGGAAUAGUGGAGUACACCAAUAAGCCAGCUGCAAGAAAGGCGCUGGACAAAUGCAACGAUGGCGCCUAUCUGCUCACGGCCUUUCCUCGUCCCAUCAUCGUGGAGCCCAUGGAGCAGCUCGACGAUGAAGAGGGCCUGUCAGAAAAGCUAAUCAACAAAAACCAGCAGUACCACAAAGAGCGUGAACAGCCGCCGCGAUUCGCACAGCCGGGCAGCUUCGAGUACGAGUACGCCAUGCGCUGGAAGGCCCUGAUGGAGAUGGAGAAGCAGCAGUAUGAAAUGGUGGACCGCAACAUGAAGGAGGCCCAGGAGAAGCUGGAAGCUGAGAUGGAGGCGGCUCGACACGAGCAUCAGGUGAUGCUGAUGAGACAAGACCUGCUGAGGCGUCAGGAGGAGUUACGUAGGAUGGAGGAGCUCCACAGCCAAGAGGUGCAGAAACGAAAGCAGGCCGAGCUCCGACAAGAGGAGGAACGCAGACGGAGGGAGGAGAUACGCAUGCGUAACGAGGAGAUGAUGAAACGCCAGCAGGAGGGCUUCAGGAGCGGCUUCCAGGGAGAGAGCACUGACCAAGACAUCAGGAUGCACAUGGGCUCCUCGGGCAUGUCGUCUGACACCACUACUCUCAUGGCAGGCCCAGGCAACGCAAACAUGCCUGGAGUUCAGGGAAGCUUUCCAAGAGGCCUUCCUGGACCUGGGGACUAUGUACCAAACAAGCAGCGCAGAUUUUAA